AUGACUCUUAGCAGGAAUCCAGUGGAUUGCCUGCUCCGGGUAGGAAAUGAGUCCUGUGCCCAAGUGAAGGAGUUCAAAUAUCUCGUCUUGUUCACGAGUGAGGCUGUGAUGCAGAGUGCAGGACAUUUGAGGGUCAAUGUUAGUGGUACCGUGGAGUAUCAAACUUCACAGCAGAUGAUUGUGUUCUGCACUUUGUCUGUUGGGAUAUGCUGUACUUUUCUCUACAUAAACUGUGUUCUGUUGUACAUCUUGAGGAGCAAGCCAGUUUUUUGUGAGACUUCCCGUCACAUUCUGUUGUUUAACCUUCUCUUCACAGAUACUGCCUAUCUUGUGAAUAGUUUGUCGCUCUACUUACUUGCUGCUUUCAGGUUGAGGCUGAAAUUUGAUGUUUGUGGUUUGCUCAUAAGCUUUGGUGUUUUCGUAGACAUUGUCUCACCUCUUACUCUGUCAGUGAUGUCCCUUGAGCGAUAUGUGGCUGUGUGCUUUCCUAUGAGACAUGCAAGCCUUGUCACCGUCAGAAACACAGGAGCAGCCAUCGCUGCUGUGUGGACCAUAUCUGGUGGCAAUGUUCUAAUGCAAGGGCUAAUACUAGUUGGUUGGAAAGAUUAUUUUGAUUUAAAUGUGGAAAUGAAAGACUUCUGCUCGAAAGAGGCACUGUUUGUGGCACCGAUGUCCAGUGCAAUGGAUAAAGCAUUUUGUGCUGUUGUGUUUGCAUUCGGGGGAAUAGUAGCUAUUCUUUCCUAUGUUGGUGUGACGUUGGUAGCCAGGUCAGCCUCGACAGACAAAGCCUCUGCUGGCAAGGCUGGAAAAACUGUUUUACUUCAUAUGAUUCAGUUGGUGCUGAUCCUCAUCGCUACCAUCUACUCUAGUAUUCUCCAAAGCCUUGCUAGAAUAGUGGACAGAACCACUUUGAUUCGUCUCUACAACAGUUUUUUUGUGGUUUUGAAUCUAUUAUCCAGGUGUUUCUCUGCUCUUAUCUAUGGGCUCAGAGACCAAACCAUCAGACCUCUCCUCUUGAAAGGGCUCUGUGGUCAUCAUGAAUGCUUGGCCCCCACAAAUCUGUUGAUGUCAAAACAACCAUGUAAUCUCAAUCACCUUGUCUUCACUUCUUAACCCGUUUUCUUAUGUAACCAAAUAGUUAGAUGUAGUCAGGUUCAUUCUAAUUUUCAUUAGAUCAGCUGAUGAUGGCCAGAUCAUGUUACCAAGUCCAAAAUCAAAUACUUUAAAGAGAACCGCUAUUUAUCGUGAAAUCAAUCAUCAUUGGAAUAAUUACCCACUGAA